AAUUAUAUCUACACCUGCCGGGCGAGUCGAGUCCUCAGAACAACACGAAAAUGGUGAAGAAGAUGAUUAUCCCAGGGAUGGGCGAGAUGCCAGAUCCCGAGGCGAUAUUUGAGUCGUGGUGGCCCAUCAUUAUUGGUGUCACGAUUGGUGUCCUUUAUGCAUUCAGACAAUACAUGAGAGGGGCCCGAUGUCUUUGUGAAUCUAAACUUGAUGGAAAAGUUGCUAUCGUGACAGGAGCAGGCUCUGGCAUUGGAAAGUAUACUGCAAAAGAUUUAGCUUCCAGAGGGGCCAAGGUUUAUCUCGCCUGUCACACAGCAGAGCAAGCAGAACAAGUAGUCAAAAGCAUCAAGGAAACUCACAAGAAAGCUGAUGUAGUGGGACUUGUAUGUGAUCUGGCUUCCUUUAAAUCUAUAGAGGAUUUUGUUUCAAGCUUUAGAAAAAAGGAGGAAUCGUUGAAUUUGCUGAUUCACAAUGCUGGGGUAAUGAUGUGCCCAUUGACUCUGACCGAAGAUAAAUUUGAAACUCAAUUCCAGGUCAACUAUCUAGGGCCAUUUUUACUGACUCAUCUGUUACUGCCAUUAUUGAAGAAGGUUGAAGGAAGCCGUAUUGUAAGCCAGAUAGCUCCAGCGUAUGCCCUGGGGAAAAUUGAUUUUGAUGAUGUCAGCUAUACGGAACGGGAGUACGUCACAAGUCAAGCAUACGCCCAGAGCAAGCUGGCUCUCGUGCUCUUCUCCUUGGCUCUGAGUAGAAAAGAACAGGGACUGGUAGCAAACUGUGCACUGCCAGGGAUUGUCAACACCAAAAUCUACCGUCACCUGCCUUUCCAGAAGAAUACAUUCCUUGCCAUUUCCUUUUAUCCAAUUCUCUGCUUCUUGAUGAAGGCAAUUGAGGAUGGAGCUCAGACUGGACUUUACUGUGCAUUGACUGAGCAUGCUGGCAAAAUCUCAGGCAGGCUAUUCAAGGAAUGUGCCGAAUUUGAAAUAGAGGAGGUUGUUAAAGAUGAGGAACUACAGGACAAACUCUUCACACAGUCUCUCAAAUGGAUUAACAAGAAAAAGUUUGGACAGGAGAGCUAAAUUUUUAACAUUUUUGCAUAAAAGUGGAUAUAUAUUGAAAGUAAGGAGAGGGAAAUAUUUGUGAUCUAACUAGAUAUAAGUUAGUAAUACUGGAAUGAAUGUAGGUGACUUAACAUGUAGUUGUAUACACGUCAUGUAGGGAUUGUACUAACAAGUUGACAAGUGAAUGAUUGUCUGCAAGAAUGUCAGAAAAAAUACAUACAGUAUUCGACCAAGUACACCUGCCCUUGUAAGAACACCCCAACUUUUGUCAAGAAAAGAGGAUUGGUUGUGCUUAUUGGAAUAUACUGAUCUGACUAUAUUAUCUUUUGUCUUUUAACCAAAGACUAGAUUUUUUUGCUACAUAAAGAUUUGUAUGUAUACAGUGUAUUUAAAAAAAAAAUCCACCCAGAUUUCAGAAGGAAAUUUAGGUCGUAUAUGUAUCCAAAAACAUGAAUACACUUAGUAGGUCGUAUAUGUAUCCAAAAACAUGAAUACACUUAGUAGGUCGUAUAUGUAUCCAAAAACAUGAAUACACUUUCAAAAUUAUUGCCAGAUGAGGCGGAAAACCUUUAAAUAGAAAAGACCUUUACUAUUAAAUAGAUAUAUUUGUUAUUAUGAGUAUCAGCUGCAAAAAACAAUGAAAGGGAAAAGGUUUGUGAGUAGUGUAGAUACAUGUACAAAGAUGACCUAUCAUGUUAUCCACUAUUCUAAAGAGAUCAUUUUGCUUUAAAAAUACUCCAAAUCCUGUACUUUAAUAGAACACAAUGAUACAAACAGAUGUAGAUUGAUGUGGACAUUACUUGUGUGCUGAAUUUUGUGAAAAUAUGUCUGAAUCAAAGAUGAUGAGAGUCAAAAAAGGUUAAAAAAAAAAAGCUGAUUAAAUACCACAAAUACAAGGAAGCCAUACAUUUUACGAGUGGUUUACAGAUCUGUAGUGAUACUCAGUAUAAUAUGAUAAUGUAGGUGUAGGAGAUAUGUAUAAUAUAUACAGUAUCUUAUGUAUGAUAUUAAACUCUAGUGCUAUGUAAAUACAUAUUGUAUUUAUUUAGAUUAAAAAUCUCUUCUUUUUUUUGGAUGAAACAAGAGAAACCCUUUUUGUUAGACUUAUACUGUAGGUAUUAUAUCAUUCCAUGAGAGUGUUCAAGGAACAAAGUGUUCAUUUAUUUAAGAUUGCCUUCUAUAGAUAUACAUAGUUUUACCCUGUGUAGAGCCAUGUUUAAGUAGUAUUUCUUGUCAUAAUAUGUAAUACCAAUAUAAAUUAGAUACGACCAUACUCAUCAAACUAACUUUCUUGACCUUAUCGCUCAAACCAGAAUUUAGUGUCUGUGACUUGUGAAAGAGUAGUAAAUAUCAAUGAUAUAUAAAAGUAAAAACAACUUCGAGAAUUUCUCUAAAUAUUUUCAUCCAAGAAGACUAGUUUCUAGAUAUUGUUGGAAACUGUAAAUUGUUUUGUUCAUGUAUUUUUGUAGCUAUCGCAAUCUGCCAAACAGGGUCAGCUUUGUAAAAUGUUUUUUAUUAUCAUUGAUAUCUUUCUUUUUUAUGAUCAUUUUGUAUCCUUAAAGAUGAAGCUUUACGUUUUGUUUCGGAUGUAUUUGAAAAUACAUGUAUGAGGUUUGAAAGAGUUUAUAUCACUUUUUUUUGUCCAUUGGUUGUAAACCAUACCAUAUUUAGACGAAGUGUUAACCAAAUGUGUUUCUGACAACUCCAUAUUCAUAUUUAUUUGUGAUGACUAUACUAAUGUUAGAGGUCUGUAAUGCUUGUUGAAUGCUACUUUCAUAUUUUACAUUACAUUGUUCUAGUUUGGCAGAUAUAUAGAUAGGUCUGAUAUAUCCAAUAUACAUAUUAAGAUUAUAGAUAUCCUUCAUAUAUCUCAUUAAAAUAAUAUCAUGUAUCUUAUAAAUUUCAAACCAGUGUUGCAAUUAACAGAUAUUAACCAGUUUCUUUCAUACACAUUGUAUUAAAUCUAUGGAAAACAUAUGAAAAUCAAAGUAAAUAUGAUGCUAUCAUUCUAAUAUAUAUAUAUGAUAUAUAUGAUAUAUGUCAAAUAUAUUGUGGAAAAGGCAAUUGUGGAAUAUGGCUAAAUUUGAAUUAAAAAACACUUUUUGCUGCCUUUUGAUAUGUAUACUGACCAAUUUUGCUUCAACUUUGAAAAAUUGCAUGCAGUACACUUUUUGGCUUGUGGCAUUUGGACUCUGUAAUAGAUAGAUAACAAAAUGUCUUGUCAAGAUUGAUAUUGUUGUACGAAUUUUAUUUCAUUCCGCAAGACCACUUAAAUGAGAAGGGAGAAAAGGAAGACUGACAGGGUUCUGUUUCAAAAGAGAUUGGCAAGAGUUAAAAAGUCAUAAAAUCACUUUCGUUGCUUUCAUUCCCAUGAAACUUACACCAAAAUGCAGUUAACUGCAUGUGUUGUAAUAAAUUAACUCUACAUUAAACAUUAUCAGUAUCCCAUUUAGAAUAUAAUGAUGAUGGUUCAUUCAGUGCCGACUCAUAAUAAUGUAAUGUGUCUCCCAAAGGGAGAUAACUCUAGUAGUCUUAUACAUUAGAUAAUAAGAUAGAUAAUUCUUAGGUAUUAUUGCAGGAGACAAUAAUUUAGAACUGGCAAAGAAAAAACAUUUUUCUGUCUAAAAUGAAAUAGUUUUUCUGUAUUAAUAUGAAUAACUUUUCUCCUUUGUUUUGUACCAGCAUUAUAUUUAGAAUACUCACUUUCUAUUUUAUAAAGGGUGAACAACAUUGCCACUUCAGGUUUUGUGAGGAAUUUAGAUAAGAGAAUGACUGGAGAUUUUGAACAGAUAUUUCCCAGACUUUGGGAGUGAGAGUGAUUCAGCAACCCAAGAACACUUCAUUGAUUCACCAACAUAAAAUGUUACACACAUAGGAUCUCUGAUAUGAUCUCACUGAAACAUGCUGGUUGUAAUACAUGUUACUGUAUAAUAGGAGAUGAAUCAAACAUGAGACUUCCCUUGAAUAAUACAAAAUGUACCUGUGAAAUGGGAUUUUUUUAUGUUGAAAACAAUAGGUAAUAAUUGUCGAUUUUUUUUUAAAUUCAUUUACUCGGGCUUGAGAAUCGUUUCCCAGAAAGUGUGACUUCUAUUUUUCACACGAAUAUUGUAGAUCCAAUGACUUUAAUGUUUGUGAUAAAUUGAUAAUAAAAUAUUGUUUUGUUGGUUUGUGAGGACCCUAAUCAAUAUCGAGCAGUUUAACCAGACAUGGGAUAUGCUUGUGCUAUUUAUUGUCUGGACUUCCUGCUGUAGCUUUUCUAUUCUUCUCCGAGCAUCUCAUCAAUCCAUUAUCCAGGAAUUAAGCCAUGCAUUAAGAGAUAAUCAAUAAGUCUGAUCCAUUGUCGUUGUAUGUAAUCGAUUGCUAUGUAGUAUUUCCCCUGCUAUUUCAAAGCAAUUUUGUAGCAUUUGUAGAUUAGCAUAAUUAUAUUUCUGUAUUGUAGUCUUCCAGCCAAUUUACUCUUGGCUUAGACCGUGCACACUAUACCCACAUCAAUCGGGAACUGUCGGCACUUUCCGUAAAUGAGAAAAUAAAAUAUUUUCUCGUUUACGGAAAGUGCCGAUGGUUCCCUAUUGUACCUACAUAUGUAUAUUGUAUUUGUGUAGAAUCUCAUCAUGAUGAAAUAAACAGAGUAUAUAUUUUCUUUCC